AUGCGCCCGGCGCUUCUGCGACUGUUGAAGAGGCCGUCCGCCGUCUCAAUCCUUGACACACUCACAGCAACACCGACCGGAAUCGAGCAAUUGGGGUCUAGGUACAGGUGCUUACGAUGCCAUUCGAGAAGUGCCAAACAAGAAUCACUCGUUGAACCCGACAACGACCCAGCCAAGUCUCAGCUUGAGGAUUCGUGCCGAGGGAAACGGCCAUACAGCUUUCCCAUCUACGACAUCGAGGCCUCAAGUGAAUUGAACACCUCCGAACUCAUACCUGCUGUGGAGAACCAAAGGCAUAAUGCCUCUAUACAAUGUCCUACCAAAUUUCUAUCGCUUCGACCUGACAAACUUGAAUUCGAAUCGGACGUGGGCCACCUCAACGACAUUGGGACGCGAUUAGUGGAUAGUCUGGAUCAUCGAAAUAAUCUUGAUCUGUGGGAGGAGCUUCUUCGGUACCGCCAGCGUCACUACGGAGACAAUGGCACACUCGAAAUUUGGAAAGGACUGAGGAUCCGAGUGGAUGGGGUACAGCUCCCAGUUGCAGGCAAGCAAGCGGAUUUCUUUUGGCAAAGCUUUGUGGACAUGGGACUGAGGCAAGAGAUUUUCCUCGAGGAAGUCCUUGACUAUGCUAUCAAUCUAUGGAAGCAGCAAGGCACCCGAUGGCCACAGUUGUAUGAGCGCGUCGUGGGUGGACUUCUUGACCAGGGCAUGACAAACCGUGCGGUUGAAUGGCACAUGAAGCUUCAAACCGCUGAUUUAGCUAGUGAAAGUGAUGUGCUGCUGAUCCUUCCCUCGGCGAUCCAUUCAACGUCUCUUCCGGCUGGCACGGAAUUUGCAACUGUUGCUGAUCUCGAGUGGCCAUCUUUGCCCCCGGGAUUGAAGGCAUUCCAGAACAUAUGCUCUACGAGCCCCGACCGCAACUUUUACGGCCCUGUCAUUUCAAUACUCAUGCAGCAAGGCUACGGAGAAGUGGCGAUCUCAAUGCACCAUUUCUUCACUCAACGCCAAGAUCAUCCACAAAAUCCUAGUGAGAUACAGCCAUUGCUUGAAUACGUGGAGAAAUUCGGGCAUCGAAAGGAGUUCAAUCGACUUCGUGGCUACGUCAAAAAGCGAUUCGACACGGAAGCUUCGAUUGAUCAACCUGGUCCAAUUGACACAACUCAGCAGGUCAAUAAAAAAGGGCCGCAAGAGGAAAGACCGUUCAAAGAUGACAUUGGUGCUAAGAUGCUUGCCACACGCGCCCUCAAUUUCGAUAUGGUCGUUGGUGGUCUGAAGAUGCUCGGUGUAUCAGAGAUUGGCCACCGGACAUUACGGGAGCUAGCCACCAGAGCUCACGGCAACCAAGAUCUUCUGGAAAAGCUCAAAAUACUGAAGCAAUCCGGAAUCUCCGUCGGAAACACUGUUUUUUCACGCUUAAUCCAGAAACUUGCAGCUCAAAACCGCGACAUCCUUCUCUCGGACAUCCUCCGCAGCGACCAGCACCCUGAAGUCCUCGAAGACAAGCGCAUGCAGGAAUCAAUGCUGGUAUCUUACUAUAUGGCCAGGGACUGGCGUCUAUACAACAUGACUCUCGCGGUGUUGACAGAACUUUACCCUGAUGCACCGGAUCUUCACGACAUCCAUUUCCGAAAGCAUAUCGCGGCUUGGGAGUUAAGUGCGGCAUCUAAAGUUGCAGAUGAGCUAGCUCUCCGUGGCCGAACUCUAGGCGAAGAAAAUUCUUACCCCCGCCGAAUGAACCACCGUCCACCGCCGGGCCAACGCCUGUCUGCCGUCGAUGAGGUGGUCUUCAUUUUUAAGAUUCUCAAACGCGUGGUCCCUGCGGGAGGGUAUGUCAGUGCUGCAUUCUGGGUUGAGAUGCUCAAACGUCUUGGCAUGGCAGAUGCAUGGGCAGACUGGGAUAAACUGCGAGAUUGCUGUCAGUGGCUCGUCCGUCAAUACGCCGAGAGCCCUGGACAGAAGCCUUGGUCGGGCAUUCAAUCAUCGAAACUGCCUCUCGAUCCCACCAAGCAGGCCAACGGUCGCGAUCGGCGGAUGCUUGAAUUGGUCUUUACGCCACAAAUGCAAGCCGCCAUCGUCUCCUGGGGUUUCAUGUUCCGAGUGCUUGACACCACCACAUCAAAAUUUGCCAUCGCCUCCCCUAACCCUCAGGCGGAUGAGAAGCUCAUACCUUGGGUACGAGGAUUGAUUCUACUUCGAGAACUAGAGAAAUCCGGUCUCCGUCUUGACAAGCGAUUGAUCUCACAGGCAGUCCGACAUCGGUUGGCCAUGCUUUACAGCCACCACAUUCUGUCCGCGCGACGUAUGAACCGGAUGUUGCGGCGGCGGAACCCCUAUCCUUUACAAAAAGUUAUGAACGAUGUGUUUCAGGCCUGGGGCGACCCAUCCCUAUUUGAUGGGAUGGAGCAAAACUUGGAGCAACUAGUGAAUCCGCCACGAUCCGCCAGAACCAAGCGACGUGCCCCUGGUAUCCGUCUGUCGCUCAAAGGACUAUGA